GUUUUAGGAAGUACAUAAUGAAUAGUGCCCUAUAGGGCAUUAUUUGUAGAAAAAAUGCAGUUCAAUAAAGGUAUGGGAAUAAUAAUAUAAUAAAACAUGAAGGUAUAUACAAUGCUUCUUUUAGGCACUCAAUUCCUUUACUGUCAGGUAGGUGAAUCUCUUAAUCAACACUCCUCACUGCUAUAUCCGCUGCCCUUUUCCCAUUAGCAAGCUCCAUAAAGUGUUUCUCUGUCCUAAAGGUGUUAUCAAAGUUAAUAAUGUUGACCUUGCAUCGACCAUUAGCCUUUUUUUUCGUAUUAGCUCAUCAAGUUUGUCGUCUAUGAUUUUGAAAAUAUAUGAAUGUCUGUUAUCAUCAUUGUAUGCAGCUUGUUUAACAUUAACGCUUUUCUUGCGCCUUCAGUCUGCAUCUCUGUGUGUGGGGCUAUUACAAAAGUUACACCACAGUGACUGGCCGCCAUUUUUAUUACUGGAGCAUGCUCUGGCCCUGUGCCUCUUUGGCCACAAUUGUAACAAAUGAUAGUGAAGAGUCGUCCUUCAUUUUAAAUCUAAGAGUCACAUUGACAUUGUUCACUUUUAUCACUCUCAAUACGCAAUACUUCUGAGUGUCUACAAUACUUCUUCACUGUGUCUUCAACUCUACAAUAUGGUGUAGAUAAAGCUGAAGGGGCACUUGCAAAAUGCAUUUUAAAGAAUACAAAUACCCUAUGUUAAAUUCUGUCUUUCAACGCUCAUUCAAAGUCUAUCUGUAACCAUAUUACAGGGCCCCACAGCUCUCAACUUUAUUUUAAACUUUAGCUCUGUGUCAUUAAUCACAAACUCUGAAUUUUCCUUCCUCAGGACUCACUCGUUUAUUCCUCUCCUUAUUAGCAGCCAGAAGCUCUUGGUAUGCAGCCUACUGCAGAGAAAAUGGUGGAUAUAGUGAGUGUAGCAGGGGAUGAGCCACAUUGCCACAUGAUAGCUAGGAGAUGUUGGGCUGUAAGAGAGAUGGAAGCAACAAGGGCAUUUAAACAGUGUAAGCCAGCUUUAUGUGAGCUACUUCAUAGCCAACCAGUCCACACAAGUUUUUCCCCCGCAUCCUUCCUAUGUUCCCAUGUUCAAUUUUUCUGCACAACUUCGCUGAGUAAGAACAUGAGAGAACCAGUGAACCAAAAAAAUGUGUUUUUAGGGUCAAAAAGAUUAUUCCAUAGCAGGGAGCAUGGCCUUGUUUAUCAGGUUCUGUCCCAGUCUACUCUAAAUGCAAACGGUAGACCAGGGGUGCCCAAAAGCUAGAUCCGGAGAUCUUUUAAAACUACAGCUUUCAUGGUGCUUUGUGGGCGAGAGACCUCACUUCCAUUCCAAUAUUUCUUAAAAUGAAGGCCACCUAAUUUCAGGGUACUUUUGUAAUAGCAUAUUUCUAUACAUUGUAAGCUAUUCCUAAAAUUGGAAAUAUUGAAUAGAUCUUGAAAAUCCAUUUGCUUAACCCAGCUUAAAUUACUUAUCAUAUUGAAAUGUAAUUCAAACUUUCAAGAGUUGAAAGACUUAUUUAAGGUCGAAAAAUUUUGCUUUUAUGUUUUGGGUACUCGUAUAAAGAUACAUGUGGAAUUUUAGGAAUACUGGAUUUUUUUUAGUGUACAUUUCUUUUAAUGUUACUUUUUAUAAGUGUAGCAGGGCUUAUUUGUAAUUUAUUUAUUUUAAUUUUAACAUUUGACAGGUUUUACAAAGAAAUGGCCAUGGUACAUAAACAUAGGUACAAGUUACAAUACAUUAAUAGGUCGACACAGUAAAGAGUCUCAUUUUAACAUGAGCUAGGCACAGUACCAUACAUGGUUAGAAUGUCCUAAAACCUAUUGUUCCUGUAAGUUUUCUUGUAAUUGUCCUAUUUAUAGUUAAAGCCCCCCUCUCAUAAUAUUGUAAAGCUCUAUGGAAUAUGUUGGAGCUAUAUAAAUGGCAAUAACAAUAAUAAUAAUAAUAAUAAUAUUAAUAAUGAACAGCCCAAUUAUUCUCUCACACUUAGACCUGUCCUUGACUAUCUUCCUUAUCUUAUGAAUUGCUCAUACUGAAUAGUGUCAUGAUUCACAGUUCCGCUUUUUAAAAGGUACAGCCUUCAUGAAAACCUCCUUGAUUUUUAUUGUCACAACAUCACAAUUGCAGAAAACAUAAACUGAAAAAAAAUUACUUGACUUUUUAGUGCUUUAUAUAUAUAUAUAUUUUCAGUAUUGUAAUCAAUACUUACAUAUUUUACCGUUAUUUCUUGUUACAUAUGUAAAAAUAAAAAAAUGAAUGUAUUUAAAAAAAAUAAAAACAAAUGUUUUUUUUGUAAUGUUACACUCUAUACCAGUGAUGGCGAACCUAUGGCACGCGUGCCACAGGUGGCACGCCGCACCCCCUCUGUGGGCAAGCGGCCAUAGGUCGCCGGAGGGAGGGAGGGUGCGCUCCGCCGUCGCAUCCAUAAGGUGGCACAAAUGGCCGCCUUAGGGUGCACCGGCCCGGCGGGCGCAAGCCAGAGUGACCGGCAGGAGGUGAGCACAUAGCGCACAGCGCUCCCUCCUGCCAGACACUCUGUGUAGCGUGGCCGAGCGCACCGCGGUACAGGAACUUAUGUUUCCUGUACCCGGGCGGACGGAAAUGAAGUGCUCACAGAGAGAGCACUUCCUGUCCGCCGGGUACAGGAAACUGAGCUCCGCGGCGCUCGGCCACGCUACAAGGUAGCAGACUGAGGGAGAGAUGGGGGGGAGGGAGAAGGAGACUGAGGGAGAGAUGGGGGGAGGGAGAAGGAGACUGAGGGAGAGAUGGGGGAGGGGAAGGAGACUGAGGGAGAGAUGGGGGAGGGGAGGGAGAACUGAGGAGGGGGGGGGGGAAGGAGACUGAGGGAGAGAUGGGGAGGGAGAAGGAGACUGAGGGAGAGAUGGGGGAGAGGAGAAGGAGACUGAGGGAGAGAUGGGGAGGGAGAAGGAGGUGAGAGAUGGGGGGAGGAGAACUGAGGGAGAGAUGGGGAGGGAGAAGGAGACUGAGGAGAGAUGGGGGGAGAAGGAGACUGAGGGAGAGAUGGGGGGAGAAGGAGACUGGAGGGAGAGAUGGGGGGAAGGGAGAAGGAGACUGAGGGAGAGAUGGGGGGGAGGGAGAAGGAGACUGAGGGAGAGAUGGGGGAGGGAGAAGGAGACUGGGGAGAGAUGGGGGAGGGAGAAGGAGACUGAGGGAGAGAUGGGGGGAGGGAGAAGGAGACUGAGGGAGAGAUGGGGAGGGGAAGGAGACUGAGGGAGAGAUGGGGGAGGGAGAAGGAGACUGGGGAGAGAUGGGGGGAGAAGGAGCUGAGGGAGAGAUGGGGGAGGGAGAAGGAGACUGAGGGAGAUGGGGGAGGAGAAGGAGACUGAGGGAGAGAUGGGGGAGGUAGAAGGAGACUGAGAGGAGAUGGGGGAGGGAGAAGGAGACUGAGGGAGAGAUGGGGGAGAGAGGAGACUGAGGGAGAUGGGGAGGGAGAAGGAGACUGAGGGAGAGAUGGGGAGGGAGAAGGAGACUGAGGGAGAUAUGGGGGGAGGAGAAGGAGACUGAGGGAGAGAUGGGGGGGGGACUGAGGGAGAUGGGAGAAAACUGAGUAUGGGAUGGGAGAAAAAAAUGAGGGAGGGAUGGGGGGAAAGAAAACAGGGGGGGGGAGAGGGGGGACGACAUACAUACAGCACCCCUGCCCUUCACAUAUCACCCCACAAAAAGACACACACCACCCCCCCACACACAAACACACCACCCCACACACAUCACUCCACACACUGUACCCCUCAAUGCAGUGUGUGUACACUCAGCAGUCUGUCUGUGUGUGUACACUCGGCAGUCUGUCUGUGUGUGUACACUCGGCAGUCUGUCUGUGUGUGUACACUCGGCAGUCUGUCUGUGUGUGUGUGUACACUUGGCAGUCUGUCU